UGAAAACAACAAAUUCCCCUUCGCGAUGGUAGACACAGUCGAGAUUGUUUCAGACUAUUUCAAGAAUCGUUUGAAAUAAUCAGAUUUGCUGUCAGGUUUAUGGCAGAAAAUUUUGAGCCGGUGAUUUGUCAUAUUUAAAGUUCAUGACAUAUAGCCACUGUUUUUUAGCUCUCAUCACUUUUGGGAUAUUAAUAUACGACUAGAUGACUUCAAAAGCUUAUCAGUAUGAUUUAGUGUUUGGUGCUCCAUUCGGAGUCCAAAAAUGGGAAAUAGGAACGAAAGAAGACGCCAAAUUAAGGCGGUCAUUGACUACCAAAGCCAAAGCUGCCGUCAUCGUUGCGUUUAUCCUCGUCGUCCUGAUCAUUGCUGUGUUCGUAGUCUGCUUCUUCUUACCAAAACAAGCAAAAACCUAUUGGUUCCCUCAGUAUGAAUCUGCCUCCAAACUUGGAAAAUACCACUCUGCAGCUGUUUCGACAGAUGCUGCUCCUUGCGCUGUCAUUGGAAAGGACAUUUUAGAGAAAAAUGGAACGGCUGUGGAUGCAGCGAUAGCUGUCCUCUUAUGUAUGGGCGUGGUGAAUCCACAAAGUGCAGGAAUAGGAGGAGGUUUCAUCAUGUUAUAUUACAACAGAACAAAACAGUCCACUGUGUACAUAGAUGCUCGUGAAACAGCUCCCUCAGAGGCCACUGAAGACAUGUUCCAUGGCAAUGCGACAUUAGCACAGUUCGGUGGUCUUGCGAUUGCUGUUCCCGGGGAGAUCAAGGGCUACGAGGAUGCCCAUGAUAAAUUCGGUUCUUUGCCUUGGGCAGACUUGUUCCAGCCCACCAUCAAAAUGUGUAGAGAAGGCAUCCGGGUAAACGCCCAUCUUGCCAGGGCUUUGAGCAAAAAAGCACAAUACAUAAAUCAAUACGAGCACAUUAAGAAGAUUUUCACAAAUAACGCAACCGGCGAACUGUACAAACUUGACGAUGUCUACACCAGACCGGAUUUGGCGGAUACCUUGGAAGCCAUCGCUGCAAAUAAAUCCACCGCCAUCUAUGGAAAUGUGGAUGAAAAAGUCCCAUUGGCUACUGCAUUUCUUAAGGAUCUUAGAGAUGCAGGUAGCAUCAUCAACGAAUACGACAUGAUCAGUUACGCACCCAUACAUCGAAUUCCGAUAACGAAGACUCUGAGAAACAACAUGACCUUGCACAGCGUAUCCACGCCAGGAAGCGGUGCUUUGCUGGCUUUCAUGCUGGGCGUGCUGAGUGGCUACGAGGACCUCAAUGCCGAGGUGGUCAAGAGUCGGGAAGCAACGGUCAAGACCUUGCACCGGAUGAUCGAGACUUUUAAAUAUGCCUAUGCUCAAAGGAUGUAUUUUGAAGAUAGCACAUCCGAACACAUGAGAGAGUUAGAGUCGAAACUUGUAUCGGAGGAAUACGCUGACAAGAUCCGUUCACAAAUCGACGACACAAGAACUUUCAAUGAUAUGGCGCACUACGGAGUAAACGUCACCGUUCAAGAGGAUCAUGGGACGGCACAUCUUUCCAUAAUUGCACCCAAUGGAGAUGCCGUAUCUGUCACGUCCACCGUCAACGCUUAUUUCGGAAGCAUGGUCCUCUCUCCAUCCACCGGCAUCCUGAUGAACAAUGAAAUGGACGACUUCUCAUCCCCUAACAUCACCAAUUCUUUCGAUGUCCCACCCACAAAGAUGAACCACGUCGUGCCUGGUAGAAGACCCUUUUCUUCCAUGAGUCCAGCCAUCAUCACAGAUGCCAACGGAGAUGUGGUGUUGACAAUAGGAGGAAACGGGGGAACUCAAAUCACUACAAGCGUAGCUCAGACUAUCAUUAAGACUCUGUGGUUAGGAGAAAACAUUAAACAAGCCAUCGAUGCGCCAAGGUUUCAUCACCAGCUUGCACCUAACUACAUAGAACACGAAGAACGUUUUCCAAAAGAUCUUCUAGAAGAUUUGGGGAAGAUGGGACACAAAUUGCAUCUUCUGGGAAGUGGCAUGCUGGGAAUCAUCAUGGGUGUGAUCAGAGGAGAAGAUGGAUAUGUAUAUGCAAACUCGGACUACAGGAAAGGGGGUGAUGUGGACGGAUUUUAAUCCUUCUCGCCGAAAUUUGUUUAUUUCUCAUCAAAUGGAGCAUGUCCCGUCCUCCACCAUCGCAUAUUUUUCACCGCUUUGUAUAUAUUUAUUUAUACAUUCCCGUGUGCCAGUAUUAUUUGUGAUAAUAGAUAUCAAUUUAGUUCCUAAAAUAAAGUAUUAUACAUUCCGUUUGUGUUUAAUAAAGGAAAAAAACACGAA